AGACAUAGAUGUUGUCAAUGCGAGCGCGUCCGUUGCGCUGUCGCCGUUUUCGUCGUUGUGUGGUUAUUUUUAAGAGAAAUGUUACUUAAACACUCGUGAUAAUUCUAACUUUGCGCAAAUCAAAACAAAAGUUCCAACAUUUUUUCAAAAUGUAUUCUCUCCUAAAGGAAGUUUUUUAAUAAGUGCAAAUCUAUUUUACAAAGUGAACAAGGAGAGAGAGAAAGAAUAUAGACGCGAAAGCAGAAGGUGGUGGUGUGACCGACGAUCGAUCGGGGACCCUCUUUCUUUCUUUCUUUCUUUCCUAUUUUUUUGUUCUUUUUAUUAAUCGAUUCCUUUUUUACAUCCCGCCGUAGUCAAUCUUUUCUCAAGUAAUAAUAAUAAUAAUCAUCAUCAUUAUCAUCAUCAUCAUCAAGAGAAACAACAAAUAUAAAUAAAAAUGGGAUCGAUAGUAUUGAAAUCCUUAUCCGUAUUACUCGGUAUAUUUUUCGUUUUUGUCGGUACAAUGAAAUUAACGUCCCACAUUAGCAAAGAUCUGCAUAAAGAUUUGAGAAAAGAAUACGUUAAAUAUGCUAAAGUAUUUCCAUUAUCUACCACGUUGGAUUUCAAAGUUCCGAGCAAAUGGUACAGAAGAGUGGUUGGCUCGCUUGAAAUCAUCUGCGGUCUUGCCAUGGCAAUAAUUCCAAAUUACAAGGUGAAAAAUUUAUCGAAUGCGGUAUUACUCUUUCUGAUGCUGAUGGCUGUCUAUUCUCACUAUAUGGUAAACGAUAGAUUUGAAAGAAUUGCGCCAGCUUUGGUGUUCUUUUUUAUGCUGACGGGUCGAUUGGUGAUAGAUUGGCAAUUACGACGAGAAGAUGCACAACCGGUUGCAGCUAAUGGGCUAGAUGAUAAAACUAGAAAACAAGACUGAAUUUAUUUAUUCGAAUAUUGAAUCUGGCAAACUCAAUCUAUCUGUCUCUUUCACACAUUUUGCAAAAGAAGCAAAUUUAAAAAGUCAAGAUAGAAUAAUAUUUUGUCGAUGAGAGUAAAGAAAAUUGAAAAUACUAAAAAUAAUGAUUACACUGAACGUGCGAACCAAAAGAAAACUAAAUAGAUGGAAUGUCGAACGUUUAUUUCUAAUAUUGUAAUAUCCGUUUUGAUGGACAGUUGAUGGAUACAAUAUUUUCGAUAGAGAAUAUUUAAGAAAAUAUAUUACGUCCUUUUUUUUUUUUUUUUACGUAUAUAGAAAUAUUGACAUUAACAUAACAGCGUAAAACGCAAGGAGUUUGUUUAAAAAACUCUCUAUUUCAGCAAAGUCUGCAAAAUAUGUUAAUUAAGACACGAGUAAAGUAAAAUUUGGUUCCAUCUAUUAGAUGACAUUAGAAUGCUUCUAUAUUAGAAAUUAAUUAGAUAUACCUAUAAUUUAUUCAUUCACAUCGUCUAGCAAUGAAAAUCUGAAUAUUAGUUAAGCACAAUUAACUGCCACAGAAAAGAAAUGUGUUCUCCUUUAAUAUCGUAAUUGAAUGUGUGUGUACAUAAUAACGUAUAAAUCUGCUAUACUCUACAAAAAAAUAUAUCAAGUGCACGAUUUAAAAUAUAUAUAUAUCUACUUUAAGUAGUAUAUACAUACAUAUAUAAAAGUAAAAAAUAUAUAUAUGUAUCGAAUUUAUUGGACAAAUAUGUAGAGUCAUAAGCAACAUUACUACGUUCCAUCAAAAAAAGUUAUAAUUAAGAAAAAAUUAAUCACAGUACACUUUUUCGUAAAGACAUUUUGGAAGGAAUCUGAUCGUUAUUACAAAAACGAUAAAAAAAUCAAUUAUGAUUACCUGUGUGUUUA